AUGAGGGUUGUUGGGGUACCAGGAACUGUCUUUCUCCUACUCUUCAUGGCGGCUGCUCUUGUCCUCAGCUCUUUGCUGCAAUCAAUCUCGAAAGAGAGUCUUCAUUUCUCAUCCAAUCCUCUGUUUGUGUUUUCACUAUUUAACAUCAUCAUCGUCGCCAUCAUUGUUGGAAGUCACAGGUCAUCUUCCGGGGAAGUUGACAGUAUCAUACCUUUCCUAUAUCAUCAGUAUGAACCAGAAGAAGACGCAGACAAUGAUGUUGAGGAUACAAAGAGUGAUAAAUACUUGAAUCUGGAUGGUUAUGAAAAUGGCAGUGACUGUGUUGAUGACGAAAGUGAAGAUUAUAGCUUUGAUUCUGAUGGUUACAACGAAGAUGACGACGACAAUGGUAGCGAUGACGAGGUUGGUUGGGGAGACAUGGAUGAACACAACAGUAAUUUGGAGAAAAGAAUCGAAGACUUCAUUGAUAAGGUUAACAAGGGAUGGAAGGAAGAGAGGCUAAGGGAUAGUCUCUCCAAUCCUUUGCAGUUUAGCUACUUGUGA